ACUCGGGGACGCGCACGGGGUGGGAGGAGCCCCGAGUCCCGGCAGCGAAGACAUUGUUACUGCGUGCAGCGCUCCUGAAGAUAGGGUAAAGACAGAGAGAGACGCGGAAGUGAGUGGGACCUGUUGACUGAUGCUGCCAAGCUUGGGUGUGUGAGAGAAGACAGGAUGAAGAAGAAACAUUCAAAGAUGUCUGACGAAGAUGCCUCUCUUUGCUGCUGUGAGUACAUUAAUCACCAUGGAGAAAAAACUCAUAUACUGGCCAGUUGCUGUGACUGUGCGGAUCUGGAUGAGGCCUGUGACAGGUUUUUGAAAGGAAAAUCUAUCAGCCCACAGACCAUGGAACGAGUAACCGACACGAUUUCUGACCGUUUGCGGAUUCCGUGGCUGUUAGGUACUGGUGCCAAGAAGAUCGAUAUAACAAUACUUCCACCUCUUAUUUUCCUUCCAAUCUUCCUUCAUAUUGCAGCUCUUCACGUUGUCUUAGCGUUCAUCAUUUUGACGUCCUUACCAAUACUAGUGCUUUGGUACUAUUACAUCACUCACCAGAACAAAGGACGUACUUUAUUUUUUCUUAGUCUUGGCCUCUUUUCUCUGGGCUACGUGUAUUAUUUAUUCCUGACUGAAGUAAUGUCUAAAGGAAACGUUAGCUUUGUACACUUAAUUGUGCUCACCAGUGGUUUGGUGUUAACGCUGGUAUGUUUGGCACAAGUCAAGAAAGAUCCAGGCUACCUCCGAACUGACAACAGAACCACUCAAAUUAAAGAUGCUGAGACAAAUUACACUUCAUACAGUUUGAAUGGUACACACCAAAUUCAGCAGAAGGAUUGGGAUAUUCCUACAAAAUUGCAUCCAUCUGGCCAUAAUGGCAAGCUGCAGUUCGGACACCAUGAAUUGAACAAGAACUGGUGUGCGGUAUGCAAGAUUAUAAGACCACCUCGUUCAGGACAUUGUCGAAUCUGUGCAUCCUGUGUACAAAGGCUGGACCAUCAUUGUGUUUGGAUUAACAGCUGUGUAGGUGAAUCCAAUCACCGUGCAUUUAUUCUGACCCUCUUUGUUUUCCUCUUCACCUCGAUAUAUGGAAUCAGUUUGACUUUGGACACUAUAUGCAGAGGGCGAAGCCUUUUCACAGCUUUAUUCUAUUGUCCUGGAGUUUACCGUGAGUACAGUACGGCAUUGUCAUUCACCUGUGUCUGGUACUGCACGAUAGUCACUGCAGGGAUGAGCUACCUCUUCCUCAUCCAGCUCAUCAAUAUCAGCUACAACAUCACGGAAAGAGAAAUACGCUUUGCUUUGAGAGACAAAACUGGACAAAAGUACCUCUGUGGACUAAUCAUAAAAACAGAUGAGUACAAUCGAGGGCUCAUUAAUAACUGGAAAGAAUUCCUCAAACUUCAACCUAAUCCUGCGAAGAUAGCCAUUGAAGAUUUGGUGUAACGCUUCUGGUUUGAUUUUAUUCAAGGGCUUAUCUUUGUAUUUGACUUGCGUCUGCGAUCACAAUGUGUCAAACUAAUUAUCUUCAACCCAAAACUAGUACUGGUUUUUAGAAUAGUUAAAUAUCAAAUGAAUAGACAAUCAAUCUCAAGCUAGAAAACAUGUAAAUUUUCUAUGAUGCCUUUUAAUGAGGAUUAGUUUUCAUGAGUGUGAUAUAUUUUGUCUUGAAAUUGUCAUUUUACAAACAUAAGAUCACAGUAUUAGGCAAUUUGACAUGCAUUUUAUUGGUUAUGUAGCUAGCUAAGUUCUCUGAAGUAUUUAAAUGAUGGGAAAGUCUGGCAGGAAUGUUUUCAGGUAGCAAAACGCCAGUAGCCAGGCGAAUGAAAAUGGUACAUGAGAUAGAGAGAAACAAUGAGCAGUGAAUGCAAGGGAUAUAUAAAGAAUCGAGAUGAAAAGUAAGGCUGAUUACAUGAAUAAAGAUCUUGAUAAAAAUUAACCGGCAUGUAUUGGGUGGAUGGAUUGUAGCGAUUGGUGGGUAGAGAACUGAAAUGUCCUUAACAGGUAUGUGAAACACAAUGUUCAAAUAGUGGGUACGUUAUUAUUUUAAGAAAGUUAGUCUCAGGAGAGAAAACCAAAUAAAAUUGGAGGUGAAGUUAUAAUUCAGGAGUUAAACACUUAGAUUCAUAGUUAAAAAUCACACAACGCCAGUUUAUAGUCCAACAGGUUUAUUUGGAAGCACUAGCUUUCGGAGCGCU